AUGUUUGUCUUUGUGGCUGCAGGAAUCCUGCAAAGAAGUUCAAGCUGUCAUCAGUUAUUUGAAACCGCAGGUUGUGUUCCUUGAGUUGUGCUCAAGUCGAGUGGCUAUUUUGACCCACCAAAAUCUCCAGGUUCCAACAGUGAAUGAAAUGAUAGACAUGUGGAAGAAAAAGAAAAUGAAUCCUUUUGGUAUUCUAUACAGCUGGUUCCUUGCUAAGGUUGCUGACAAACUUGAAGUUCUCCCUGGUUCUGAGUUUCGUGUGGCAUUUGAAGAAGCAAUGACUUAUGGGGCCAAGGUUAUACUGGGUGACCGCCCUGUCCAAAUCACACUACGGAGGACGUGGGGAAAAAUGACAUUGUGGCACAAGAUAAAGUUUUUAUACUACAUGCUUUUCCAAGCAAUCUUUUUACCAAGCCCUGAAGAUCUCAAUAAAAUGUUGAAGGAAAUGGAUGAUGUAGACAUGUUAACUCUUGUCAUUCAAGAAAUGAGCAAGGCAUUCCCAACCUUGAUGGAGACACUUCUUCAUGAGCGAGAUCUGUAUAUGUCAUCUACAUUGCUAAAAGUUGCCAGUGAACAUAAUUCAGUCGUUGCAGUUGUUGGUAGAGGUCAUUUGACAGGAAUUAAGAAGCACUGGAAGCAGCCUGUUGAGGUAAAGGAUCUACUCGAAAUUCCCGCAGCAAAAUCAGGUAUCUCUGCCAUGAAGAUCCUGAAGUCCCUUGGAGUCGCUGUCACUGGGGUUGCUAUUAUUUCUGGCAUUUAUCUUGCAGGCAAGAGGUGACGUGUGGCCCAAGCUGGGAAAGGAAAUUCACUGUUCGUAUGACAUUUAUCUCUUGAAAAUAAUCGAUGUGUUUUUUAAAGCACUUCUUGUUCCAAAGAGAAGCAUAUUUUAGGGUCUGUUUGGUGGAAGAUGGGUCAAUGAAAUCGGACUCUACUUCUGUUUUACAUUGCCCUUGUUUUAAAUUUCAAAUCUGAAUUAAAAUUCCAACAUUUUUUAAAAAAAAAAUAAAAAAGAGUUUUUGUGUGGAUUUGGAAG